GUUUGUCUUUCAUUUGACGUUUAAGAUGCAUUGAUCCGAAGAACUGGGAUGUUUGUAAAAUCUACAGCUCUACGGUGUUAAAGCAUGGCCUCAAGUCGGGGGCAUUACUGCUGGUUGCUUAUACACCUCCUAGGUGUAUAACUGGAUUACAUAUGACUAUGAAGGUGUUAAAAUAGCCAUAAAAUAAAGGCAAUUGUGUCAUGGUUCUUCAAAUUCAGUCUUAUAAUUUGUGAUGGCUGCCGCAACAAGCAGUUCUGGGUCCCAUCAGAGCGAAGGUAACGCAAGUGACAUACAGAGCCUGAGGCAGUGGGCUGCUGCUGAACGCGGCACUCCAGAGUUGUUUGCAAACAGAGAUAUUAGACGUCCAGAACUGCAGAUGGCACUUUCAGCUUUAAAUUAUGCUGUUUUGCCAGUUUGUGACCCUGCUGGUCACACUAUUUUGCUUCAUAGUCUAUGCAAUUAUGAGCCCUCCAGGUACGUGUUCAGUGAUGGAAUUAAACUAUUGUUGAUGAUGAUAGAUGCCUGUGUCCAUUCAGAUGGAACGUCACCAGGUUAUGUAAUGCUUUUUGAUAUGAAGGGGGUCCAGAGUGGCCAUCUUACUAAACUUAAUAUUUCUUUACUUAGGAAGUUUUUCCAGUACAUACAGGAGGGUAUGCCUAUUCGCUUACAUGCUAUACAUAUUGUGAAUGUUGUUCCAAUCAUGGGAAGAAUAAUGAGUCUCACGAAGCCAUUCAUGAAAAAGGAAUUGCUUUCACUCUUACAUCUUCAUCCAGUAGCUGAUGGAUAUGACUCCUUGUAUGAAUUUAUUCCACGAAACUGUCUCCCUAGAGACUAUGGUGGUGUUUUGGACUGUGUUGAAGAUCUUCAUGCUGAUCAUGUUAAAAGACUUGCAUCACUGCAAAGCAUAUUUUCCAAAGACUAAAUUUCAUUUUAUAAUUUUGAUUUUCAAAUGAGACAAUGUCUAU